UGAAAUAAUUUCCCAUCCUCUUCCAUUGCUAAAUGUUGCAGAGAAGACGUGUUCCUAUAGAAGCUAAAGGCUAUGUGUUGACAGUUGAGCUUGUUUGUAUUACGGUAGGGCUACUUAGCUAACGGUGGCUAGCUAGCUGACUAACACCAGCUUUUUAACUGUCACACAUAACUAGCUUAACAAACAACACAAGGAGGGCGGCAGCUCGCUAAUGUUACUUCAGAAAAGCAACUGGUUCUUCAAGAUAGCGUUAGUUCGUGUACGUGUAACGUCAAUGUAUCUACAAAUGGAAACCCAAUCCCACGGUUUCAUGACAAGUUAGCUGACGCUAGUUACAAGUCCGUUAGCUAGCUAGCUGUCCUCGACACACCUAGAAAACCAAAACAGAGAUGACCAUGUCCUGUUACUUAUCAUGGACUGGUCGAAUGGCUAUGUGCGGUUUCCCCCGCCUUACAUUAACUUCAGGACUAUUUUACAUCAAUGCACUCGGACGCAUUCAUGGUCAUGCAUGCAGCUGGGCCUCUGGUCUGCGCUUUGUACACGCCCAGCCAUUGAGCCAGUGGCCUUCCAGUAGGUGGAGGCUCGUCCUCCUUCCAGCCUCUGUUUCUCCCCACUGCCCCCAUCAGCCCCAGAGUUCCUUAUGCUAACCCUCAUGAGCAUGUUUUACUAUAUCUGUCUGCGCCGACGCUCCAGGAGUGGGACUCGAGGCGAGGUUCUCACCAGUCGAAGGGCCGUCGAGUCCGGCCAACGUGCGGUGUUACCGGUCAGUGUGGAGGUGGAGCAGUAUGCCAAGGAGGUUCUUGACUUCAGCUCUCACUAUGGCAGUGAGAAUAGCAUGUCCUACACCAUGUGGAACCUGGCCGGGGUGCCCAACGUCUACCCCAGCUCAGGGGACUUCACUCAGACGGCUGUAUUCAGGGCUUACGGGACGUGGUGGGAACAAUGUGCCAGUGCUCCGCCACCUUUCCGCCGCACCCCGAAAGGCUUCCACAGCCAGGAUUAUAUUGAACUGGGUUUCGAGGAGCCCGUCUACCCAACCGCAGUGGAUGUGCUCGAGACUUAUUACCCUGGAACUAUUGUUCAGAUUCUGGCCUGCUCUCACAACCCCUUCUCCCAGAACCCACCAACUGAUGUCAGGUGGGAGGUGCUGUGGUCAGGGGAGCCCACGAAGGUGAUGACGCCCCAGGCACGUCAGUUUUCCCCGAGCAUCAAGCACAUCAGCUUCCCCACCAACCUGCUGCGCCUGGAGGUCAACAGCUCUCUGCUGGACUACUACACCGAGCUGGACGCUGUGAUCCUGCGCGGGGUCAAAGAGAGGCCGAUGCUGGCCCUCUAUAAGAUGCCUAUCAUCGACAUUAAUGACCUGAGCGACAGCGAGGAGGAGCUGUUGGAUGUGGGAGGUCCGUUCAGACAAGGAGGAGAGCGCAAGCACCAGAGGACAGGCACUGGCUUCUUUGACAAACUGCCCUAUGAGCUCAUUCAGCUGAUACUGAGCCACCUGACCCUGCCAGACCUCUGCCGUCUGGCCCAGAGCUGUAAGCUGCUGCACCAGCACUGCUGCGACCCGCUGCAGUACACCCAGCUGAGCCUGCAGCCCUACUGGGGCCGGCUGAGUGACGCCUCGUUGGGACACCUGCAGAGCCGCUGCACCCUCCUCCAGAGGCUCAACCUGUCCUGGACCGGCAACCGCGGAGCACUCACCCUGACCGGCUUCAGCAGCUUCAUGAAGGCCUGUGGCCUCGGCCUCGGCUGCCUGGAGCUGUCGUGCUGCCACUUCCUGAAUGAGGCCUGCCUGGAGGUCGUCUCUCAGACGUGUCCCGGGCUGCAGGAGCUCAACCUGUCGUCCUGCGACCGCCUCCACCCGCAGGCCUUCGCACACAUCUCCAAGCUAACGCGCCUCCGCCGGCUGGUGCUCUAUCGGACCAAGAUAGAGCAAACGGCCAUCCUGAGCAUCCUGACGUUCUGCAUAGAGCUGAGACACCUCAACCUUGGGAGCUGUGUGAGGAUUGAGGACUACGAUGUGGUGGCCAGCAUGCUGGCCGCGCGCUGUCGCUCACUCUGCUCGCUGGACCUGUGGCGCUGCCGAAACCUGACUGACCGCGGCCUGGCCGAGCUCGUCUCCGGCUGCAGGAUGCUGGAGGAGUUGGACCUGGGCUGGUGUCCCACGCUGCAGAGCAGCACCGGAUGCUUCCAGCAGCUCGCCCGCAGCCUGCCGCGCUUACGCAAACUCUUCCUCACCGCCAACCGCACCGUCUGCGACGCGGAUGUGGAGGAGCUGGCGGCCGGCUGCCCCUCACUGCAACACCUCGACAUCCUGGAUAGACAUGCGAGUCGUCCAAGAGCUCUCCGGCCUCUUCCCCAACGUGUUCAUCAAGAAGAGCUUCACCCAGUGACCCCGGCGCCGUCUCGUCUCCCACCGGCCGCAUGCAGGAAGAGGAGGGAGGUGAAGAAGAGGCAGGUCGGACGUCUUCAGAUCGCUGUGACGAGACGAGAGCUUCCUCCAGACCACAACAGUGGAAACGGGUGAAGAGGUUAUUUGGAUUAACCGGCUGAGCACAAACAAUGAAAGGCUUCCAGUCACAGUAUUAGAGAACAUGAAACUUUAUGUUCAUUUUUUUGUUGGGACACUUGAAUUCAUGGUUGUUGCACUAAAUCUUUUACGACAUCUUCCCAGAAUCACCACUUGUGUAUUCCCAAGAAACACUCGGCGAGGGAAUAUACCACUGGAUGCAAAACACACAACACAGAAAUAUGUGAGUCAUCCUCGCUUGAAGAGCUUAGUAGGACAUCACGAAGGGACAACAUGUGACAGGUGUGUGAAACACGCCUUUACUGGACAAGGUAGGAGGAUUUGGACUCCUAUAUUUAUGUUAGCUGGUGUCGUCAUCAAAGAUCAAGGCCUUGUGCAGAAAUCAUGCUGGUGGUUUUAAUGCAUGGGGUCAUUCUGAAGGCCGAUAUCAAGCCAGUUUGAUUUGACGACAAUAAAUCGUAUUUGCUGUUGUGUUAAAAGUGAAUACGCAGUGUGAGCUUACUCAAUGUACGCUGUGGAUUGCGUAUUUGUUGCUGCGGCAAACCGACGGUAGACUCAGACACGUUGAAAAGAAAUACACCAUCAACUGUUCUUGCGCCCGAGAUUCCCUGGGAACAAGUUUUCGCCAGAAACAUAUGUGAGAACUUGUGAAAAGCAUUUGUUUAAACUUACACAUCUGCUAUGAAUAACUUACAGGAGUCGUACAAACACCCCGGGCAUAGAAGCAGCAUAAUGAGGCCGACUAUAGGAAUCAAAACACUGAGGCGUAAACCCAAAGACAAACAUGAAUCAAUGAUGUGAAAGAAAAGAAGCAAAAGGACCGAAAAUAUCUUCUAAAUUAUCCAAAGUGUGCACAUAAUUGAAUUGACUAAUCGUUUCAGGUCUAAUUGUUUAUGUCAACCAGACAAGAAAUGCAUUAAUAAAACAAUAAUACAAUCUUCUGAUAGCAUAAUAUAAGGAUGCCUCCAACCACGAUAUGCGUGUUCUAUACUAUUGAUUGAUUAAUGAAUUAAUUGAGAUCUUGGCAUGAUAAGAAACUGAACUUUAGAUUUUAGUUACAUCUGAACCAUAUUUUUAUUUAUUUUUUAGGGUCAAUUUGUGUUUAAAUCUUCCCUCUGAAUGUAACAGGGUGUUCAAAGAGCCUUUCACUCGGGACGUGUCCUCCUGCUGGGCGACGCCCACUCCUCCAAACAAUGGCUUUGAGGGCCAGUGUUGUGGCGUUCUGCGUGAAACGCUCUUUAUUGUUUCGUUGGUUAUGAAAGAGACUUUUUCAACAAUGAACUCUGGCCAAGUGAGGACAAACAAAAGGUUCAGGUUCGUUUUUCGGUUGGCCAAUUCGAUAAUUGGAUUGAUCAUUUUUUUUAGUUUGCUUAGCGUCGUUCAUGCCGAUCAUCGUUAUGUCAACGGGAUAAUGAGUUUAGGCUCCGAAGAUGAAUGAUAAAGUUUUGAAAGUCACCAGUUUCAUAACUCUUUCCUGAUGUUGCAUGUUUUCCACCUCCUUAUGAUUUCCUUACCAAAAUGCAGCUUCACCGAUGUGAAGGAGCACUGUGGGGAUGUGUAAACACUCUGUGACCUCAGUAUUUGUCCUGAAACUCAGGGGUUUUAAUAUUUCAUCUGGUUUUAGUGUUGUACGUGGAAGCAGCUCACACAUCUUUACAGUCCGUAACGCGGGAGCUUCGAGGUCGUCUGUCAGCGUUGCUCUUGCACAACAAACGCAGAGCACUCGCACAAACGUCACCGCUUGUCGGCUGAGGAAUGUUGCUGUAAUUGUAUGAUUGUGAAAAAUGUAUUGUUGUCCCUGAUUAUUUAAUUUAUGUAAUAUAUGAAGCCACAAUAACCACGCGGCAGAAGCGCUUAAAAUGCUUUCUUUUGGUUGUA